CCCUCCCUCCCUCCCUCUCUUUCCAACUUCCAUUCUUCCUGGAAUUCUCUCCAUCGGAACAGAACGGUCUCCCCUCCCGAAAGAACAUCCGAUCCUCGGCAUCAUCUCGCUUCGUCCUGUAUGGCUUCGGCAGGUCGGCCACUGCCCAAAUUCGGGGAGUGGGAUGUGAACAACCCGGCAUCCGCCGAGGGAUUUACCGUCAUCUUCAACAAGGCCAGAGACGAGAAAAAGACCAGCGGGACCACAGCGAACAUGAUGUCCCCUCGAAGGAACGUGUCCCCUCGAAGAAGCAAUUCGACUUACAACAAGAAGGAGAAGAGGCAGCAGAGUCCUAAGAGAAAAUGGCUCUGCUGCGGCUAACUUCCGACCGCUGCUCUCGAGAGGCUCAAGAAUAUGCAAAUGGCUAUUAACAUCAUGGGACAGAACCCCGGCCUCGCUCAUGAGGCAACGAAUGAUUGUAACCUUGGUGCUCACCUUUUUUCCUUUUCAAAUAAAGAGAUUAUGUGGUAAUUUGCUUAUCAUCGGCUUUGUCGCAUUCUUGAUGUGUA